AUGAGAUGCCCACCUUUGGAUGCGCGCUCAUAUUUAAAGAAUUAUGAUUUUAGAUAUCGGAUUACAACUGAAUUAAAAAUGUCAAAGAUUUUUAAAUUAGCACAUACAUUUAAUUGUUUUUACUUAACAGAAAUUAAAACUCGAAAAUGUCUACCAUUUUUUGUUGGAGGGUUUCAAGUUGGAUUACUUCAACAGCAUGUAAUUACACAAUUAUUACGCUAUCCGCAGGUUUUCCAUAUCCAUGACAGUUAUGUUGAAUUGAAUCCUGCAUUUCGUGAUUAUAAUGAACGUAGUGAACAAGUUGAUCGAGUUCUACGAGAAUUACGUGAUGAGAAAGCGUUUAUCACCUUAAAAGGGUGGAGGGAAGAGUGUUAUGAAGUACGUACAAAAUAUGCAUGUAAAAGUUUAAUGAAAAUGGAACGAUCAGCUACAUGUUUAUUUGGAAUAAAAAAAUACGGUGUUUAUAUUAAUGGCUAUGUUCGGCAUCCAACUAAAGGACUUUGUAUUUGGCUACAACAACGUUCAUCCACAAAACAAACUUGGCCUGAUAAAUGGGAUAAUCUUGUUGGAGGUGGAUUGUCGGUUGGUUAUGGCAUAUUUGAAACAGCCCAUAAAGAAGCCAACGAAGAGGCAUCAAUUCCACCAGAACUUUUGAAAAAUUUAAUCAAUAUUGGCACUAUUUCUUUUUUUUAUAAAUGCGAGCGCGGUUUGUUUCCAAAUACUGAGUUCGUAUUUGAUCUAGAACUUCCAUUAGAUUUUAUACCAUCAAAUCAAGAUGGUGAAGUGCAAAAUUUUCAGUUACUUACUGCUGAUGAAUGUUUAGAAAAAGUUUUAACACCAGAAUUUAAGUUAACCAGUGUUCCAGUUGUUUUCGAUUUUUUUAUUAGACAUGGAAUUAUUAAUGCUGAAACAGAACCAAAUUAUGUUGAAUUAAUAGAAAUGCUUCAUGUACCUUUGCAAACAAUGUAUAAUAAUGUGUUACCGAAUUGUACGGUAAAUAAUAGCACAUUGUGUGAGAUGAAACCAGAAAACAAUAUUGUACAUUAAAAAUCAAUCACUACAACAAACCCAGCACAGUAUAGUUUGAAGAUUACACUGUGAUAACAUAAAAACA